UCAAUUUCAUAUGUAAAUUCAAUGAUGACUUCUUCAAAUACAAAAUCUUAUGGAGCAUCAAUCAUACCCAAACAGGUUCAAAAAUCAAUUUCGCCUUCUGGAAAGUUCUGUUCCUCCGAAAUAUCCUCAUCUUCCUCUACGUCAAUGUCGAGUUUCUCGUCUCCGAAAAGAGCUUCAUCACCUAAUCAGAUCAGUGAUAGGUGGGGUCCUCCAUUAAUCAGCAUUCACCGCGGCUGCGUAUUGACGUCUACCUCCGUUCCAUUUUCAAUUGACCAUCGCAACGCUUCCACUGAUAUUUCAGUCGCGUCUUCAUCGUCCAGAGAGAAAAAUCAGAGCGUGAAUCACAGGAAUGGCAACAAAGAGUGGAGUAAUCGACAGAAGAAGACUUGCAUGUGUUCGCCGACGACACAUCCUGGAUCAUUCCGGUGUAGUUUGCACAAGAAUGUGAGUGCGAGAAAUGGCAAGAACAUGAACAGUGAGUUGUCGUAUCAAUCGCACAGAUUCUAUUCCCGGAGAUCGGAAAUGACGAAUUCGCUGGUGAGAAUUGGAAUGGUGGAAGGAGAUUUGGUGAAGCGAGCUUUAGCGUCGUUGAUUCGUCCGUCCUCACACCAGCAGAGACGGCGGUGUGAUUUUCAACCGACGCCUAGUCGGCUAUCCGUUAUGUCCAAAGCCGGAGAUUGA